CGCUCCGCGGCGGUAGCCGGUAGGGGCGCCGGCGGUGCGCCUCAAGCUUGUUGUCAGCGUUCUCCAGCGGGCGGGGGGCGUUCUGAGUGUCUGUGGCCGCGGAUCCGGCCAUUGCUGACCAGGCUCUGGUCCAGCGGAGCCCUCCACGGUCGGUCCCGUCGUGGACGGAUCCAGCCCGGCCUCUCCUCCCGCAUGAGGGCCGCGGAACGGUACGAACUCACCUCUCCGGUUCCUCUGUCCAGGCUCGGAGGUCGCCUCCCCGCGGGGGACUCAGCCCCGGAACCUCGCUCUGUAGGGGCGCGAGGUCCCUCCUGGCGGGAGGCGCGGGUGGAAGCAGCAGCGAGGCCCCGACGGUUCGGUGCCUCCCCCGCAGCCUGCACGGAACCGCGCGGGAUGGCCAAGACCCGGGCAGCUGCGUGUGGGGAAUCAUUGUCAUUCAAGGAUAUAGUCAUGGGCUUCACCUGGGAAGAAUGGCAGUUACUGGAUCCUGCGCAGAAGUGCCUGUACAGGGAUGUGAUCCUGGAAAACUAUCGCAACCUGGUGUCUAUAGGGUAUCAUGGUACCAAACCUGAUUUAAUCUUCAAGUUGGAGCAAGGAGAAGAGCCAUGGAUAGGAAAUGCCAAAAGUUCUCAUCAAAGCUGUCCAGAAGAUUGGAAAGAAUGGUACCAGAAGAAUCAAGAUGAACUUGAAAGUGUUGAGAGAAACUAUGCUUGUAACACAUUUGGAAAACUUCAUCUGAGCAAAACCCAGGCUUCUUCAAGACAAAGACUCCAUAAGUAUAACACACUUGGGAAAAAAAGUUUGACACAAAAGUCAGGUUUAACCAGAAACUAUCUAAGAAAGAAUCCUGAUAAGUUUCAUGGAUAUGAACAAUCAUAUUUUCUUAAGCAUCAAAGAGCUCACAGUACAGAAAAAAACUGUGUAUGCGGUGAAUGUGGGAAAGCUUUUCGUUGUAAAUCCCAGCUCAUUGUUCAUCUCAGAAUUCAUACAGGGGAGAGACCUUAUGAAUGCACUAAGUGUGAAAGAGCCUUCAGUGCCAAGUCAAACCUUAACGCUCACCAGAGAGUUCAUACAGGAGAAAAGCCCUACUCUUGCAGUGAAUGUGGCAAAGUCUUCUCUUUCAGGUCACAGCUCAUUGUCCAUCAGGAAAUCCACACAGGAGGGAAACCUUAUGGGUGCAGUGACUGUGGGAAAGCCUAUAGCUGGAAGUCACAGCUUAUUUUGCACCAGAGAAGUCAUACAGGAGUGAAACCCUAUGAAUGCAGUGACUGUGGGAAGGCCUUUAGUUUGAAGUCACCAUUUGUUGUGCACCAGAGAACUCACACAGGAGUGAAACCCCACAAAUGCAACGAAUGUGGGAAAGCCUUUAGGAGUAAGUCAUACCUCCUCGUUCACAUCAGAAUGCACACAGGAGAGAAACCCUAUCAAUGCAGUGAUUGUGGGAAAGCAUUCAAUACGAAGACACAACUCACUGUACAUCAGGGAAUCCACACAGGAAAUAAUCCUUAUCAAUGCAGUGAGUGUGGGAAGGCCUUCGGGAGGAAGGAACAACUCACUGCACAUCUGAGAGCUCAUGCAGGAGAGAAACCCUAUGGAUGCAGUGACUGUGGGAAGGCUUUCAGCAGCAAAUCAUACCUCGUUAUACACAGGAGAACACACACAGGAGAGAGGCCCUAUGAAUGUAGUUUCUGUGAGAGAGCCUUUUGUGGGAAGUCACAGCUCAUUAUACAUCAAAGAACUCACUCAACAGAGAAGCCCUAUGAAUGCAGUGAAUGUGAGAAAGCCUAUCCUAGGAAGGCAUCACUCCAGAUACACCAGAAAACUCACUCAGGAGAGAAGCCUUUCAAAUGCAGUGCGUGUGGGAAAGCCUUCACACAGAAGUCCUCUCUCAGUGAGCAUCAAAGAGUUCAUACAGGAGAGAAACCAUGGAAAUGCUCUGAGUGCGGGAAAUCCUUCUGUUGGAAUUCAGGGCUCCGUAUACAUAGAAAAACUCACAAGUGAAAUUAGAAUGAAGCAGAUGUUAGAAACAUUCUAAUAAAACUUGGUCCUUAGGAGACUUCAGAUGAUAAUAUAGACAAUAUAUAAGCAGGCAGUCCUAAAAAUUCACUCAUAUCAAAUAAGUCAUAUAGGAGAGAAACCAAUCAUAUUUGUAAUGACUGUGCAAAAGAUUUUAGAAAUAAGUCAUAUACAAACUUGAUAGAUGAGAAUAACUGAAGAAAUUGAGCAGGAACUGUAUCAAAUGUGCUGGCAUCAUUAUGAAGAUGUAAUUUUAAGAAUUCAUAUUGAGAACACUUUAUAAAUUUAUUAAAUUGGGAAAGCAUUUUCUCAUAGAAAAUGCGUUAAUGGAGAGUCAUAUUCCAAAUUUGAAGCUAUGUUUUAGAGAAGAAAAUAAUUAUAAGUGGUAGACUUUUACAUGGUGGAGUAUAAAGGUUUUUAUUUUAAUAUGUAAAUAAAAUGUAAAGAUAAGGGUCAUAUUCUGUAGGUUAAGGAAAAUUUAGGGUGCCUUUCAUGAACAGCACUGAAUAGCAUUUUUAAAACUAUUUUUAUUGACUUUUAGAAAGAUGAAGGGAGAGAGAAAGACGUUGAUCAGCUGC